AUCCAACGGCCUACCGUUGGCACCCGUUCCAGUUCCAUAAACAGUGCACGCCCGCCAGGCCCGCGCGGCGCCGCCGGGACCGCAGGCUGCGGCGGUGCAAACCGCCACGAGCGGAGGGCACAUCAGCGCAGGGUGUCUGGCUCACUCGCCAGUGGCCAGAGGCGCACUCAGCCCCCCGGUCUGGCCAGCUUCCGCCCUCUGCCCUCCGCAGGAACGAGAUGAUGAGAAAACGGAGCUGCACCGUAAGCCCGCGCGUCGACUCUGCAGCUGCUGCGCUCACGCACUCUGCACCUGCGCAGAUCUGUGCAAAGCGCUCACUCCGACGAUCCGAUGGUCGGAUUUAGCUGUCGGCUCCCCCCUGCGCCCCUCCCCCUCUCCUGCCGACGCGCCUGCGGCCGACGCCCCGAGCAGCCGCCCGCCGCCCGUGGGGGCGCCGCCGGCAGCGCGCGCCAGUCGAGCGUCGGCAUCGUCGCCGGACGGGGAGGGUGGAGGGACCGGCAAAGUCGGCCGACGCCGCUCACUCAGCUCCCGGCUGAUGUGACGACGACUCAACGACGACCUGACGACCCCGACCGCCUCCGACCGACCAUGAGCGCCCCCGGCAGUGACCCCAGUGACCCGAGCGGAUCGGCGGCCGCCCGGCCCGACCGCAGGUCACUCAAGGCCCGCACCUCCGACCUCAGCUCCGCAGAGGCAGCCGCCCUCGAGCGAGAGCGAUGGAUGAGACGUAUCCAAAAAGUGAAGGAGAGGAACGAGGCGGAGCACCAGCGGACACUGCGGGACCAGCGAGAGCAGCUCAUUCGACUCCACGAUGUGCAGCUGCGGCGCAUGCGCCGUGACCACGAGGAUGACCUGCGCCGGGUCAGGAUGGAAGCCAGGUCCAGCGUGGACCAGCUGCGCGCGCAGCUGGCGGACCUGCAGCGGCUGACCUGCCAUCGCAGUGGAGAGCUCGCCCAGCCGACCUCCGAGCUGGUGCAGCUCCGGAGCGAUAAACAACGGCUGGAGCGGCAGCUGCAGGCGGUUGUUGAGAGCGGUCGCAGAGACGGCGACUUUGAUCGCAAGACAGACGACAACUACGAAAACGAACCACGAAAAAACGAAAAACACAAUAAAAAUAAUACAGCCGAAACGGUGCAGAGAGCAGGCCCGGCGCAGCGUGAGGCGCUCCUGGAGCGGCAGGUGCGUGAUCUACAGUCGGCCGUCAAGGCGCUGCUCACGGCCCGCUCCCGAAAACGACGACGACUGGAGAAGAAAAUCAGAAAAAUGGAGGCCGAGCAGAAGCCGUCGCGACUGCGCGCCAAACGCAGUGUGGCUCGUCUCCUCCAGACCAGAUCUCGGGACUCCAAGACUGCGGAGAAACCCGCGUCUCCUGCCGGCGAAACUCACCGAACGAAGCCGGCUGUGGCCCGCACGCCGCCGUCGGUGAAGCGUCGUAAGGCGUCGGGUCCGACGUCCGACUCUGCCGAGGUGAUUCAGCUCAAACGAAAGGUCGAGGAGCUGCAAAAAUGCAUCGAGCAGCUGCGCGAAACGACACAGAUUAGAGCCAAUCGACUGGGGACGCUGCACAGCCCACGGCCACAUCGACUUCUGCAGGGAAAGAUGAGUGAACUGCCAACGCUCAGGGAGGAUGAGAGGCUCGAUUCUCUGGAGGAAACGACUGCGGAUGAGCAAAGUUCCGACAUCUCCGACAUCAAGCCCUCCGACCUGGCACAGCUCAGCCGCGAGGAGCUGCGACAGCUCUGCUGCGAGCUGCAGAGAGCUCACCAUCAGCUGCGCCAGGCGCACGAGCUGAUGGUAGCCAAGGUGCGCGAGACGGGACGGUCCGGCCGCGCCAGGUCACGCGUCGAGAACGAACUGCUCGCGUCUCAGUCACUGGUGCGUGACCUGGAGGCCGCCCUGGCCACUAAGGGCGUCGACCCGUCCGCGCUGCAGGAGAAAAGCGUCCUUACGGCUCAGAACCUGUGUCUAACGCAGAAGCUGCGUGACCUCCGUGCCCGGGAGGUCAAGGUCAAGAACGAACUGCAGGAGCUUCGCGACCUCAACGAACUGAUGGAGUUUCGAAUUCUCGAGCUGGAGGGAUGUCAAGAAAAGUCUGGAGACCGGUCAUCGCCAGUGCCCACUCUGGACCAGACUAGGACAGACUCAUCACAACAACAGGACGAGACGGCACCAGCCAGCAGCCAGACGCUGGAGGCGGCUGGAGAGGAUCGUCGGCACAGUGUGGCGCCGGCGGCCAUCGAGGCCGCCCCCGCCCCCGCCCCCGCCCCCGCCCAGCCGCCGGCAGAACACCAGCUAGCUGCCCUCGGAGAGGAGCGCCAUCACUGGCAGGAGAAAAUCGCCGAGCUUCAGAACACCAUCCUACAGCUGGAGGCCGCUUUGGAGGAGGCCGGCAGCCACCACCUAUCACCGAGCACCGACGCCAAGCCUCCGACCUCACCUCCGCCGCCUGCGCUGACCGAGGCGGCGUCACCACCGCCUCCGCUGACCUCAGGUCACCAGCGGCAGCCGUCUGGUCACUCCGAGUCCGAGCUGUCCGACUACCACAGCGACUCUAACGACGGCCAGUCGGCGCGCCGCAGCCCUGCCAGCAGUAGUGGAGGCUCGUGUCUGUGCGGCGGCCGGCUGUCGCGACCGCUUGCCUCGCCUGACCACCCGCCGCUCCAGGAGAGCGGCAUCUUCGACGUCGAUGUCGACGAGAAGGCCGUCCAGACCGAGAUCCAGGAGAGCGAGGUGUCGAUGCGAGAGCUGAUUGACCUGACCAGCGAGAUCGCGCGUCUGACCAGCGUCCAAGAGCAGCUGGAGAAGUCCCCGCUGCCGAUAGCAGCACGAAUUCGACAUGCCGACUCGGAACAGUCGGAGGAGGCGAGUGAACUAGUGACUGAGGUGAGCGAGGUGCCUGUUCCGGAGCCGAGGACAGUGAGUGUAUGUGCGGAGGUGCAGACGGAGUACGUGCAUGACCAGCUCCUCUGUGACUAUAAGGACAUGUGUGAGCGCUAUGAGAAGGUAAAAAAGACGUGCGACGCCGUGCAGGAUGAGAAAAAUGAGCUGGAAGAGGCGGAGAAUGACGCCAGACUCAUGGUCCAAAGAUUGGAGAUGAAAAUCUUCGCCUCUAACGAGGUGGAAAAGAUGCUGAGCUCGGACCUGGCGGACGAACAGGAGCGGUGUCGACAGCUGCAGCGACAGCUGAACAGCGUCAAACUGAAGCACCAGGCCGACCUGAAGGCGCGCCAGGCGCAGGCCGCCGAGCUGCCGGCCCAGAUGACGGAGCGUGUGCAGCAACUGGAGCGGGAGGUGGAGGCGCUGACACAGCGGCUGCAGGAGGCGGCGCAGCGUGCGCCCGCCGAGGACCGCGAGCAGCAGACGGAGGCGGUGGACGGCGCCUGGCAGACGUGGCGCGCCGCGGACGGCUCCACCAGCGACACGCUGUCCUCGGGAGACGCGGCGGCGUCCGCCAGCGACACCUCGCUGCCGCCACCCACUCCCGGCAGCGUUACCAACACCGAGUCUCUCACCCGCCGGCUCGACCAGGCCUGGAGCUUCAACGACAGCGGCGUCGGCGACGAGCUGUCCCGGGCCUCGGCGACCGAGAGCGAAGCGACGCCAUCUGCUGCGAGCGCGGCGACACCUGCCGCACGGCCGGCCAAGCGCCCCAGGACGGAGGCGGAAGAGGAGGCGGAGGAGGCGGAUGUGUCCUCAGCCACCCUGUCCUCCGAUGUCACAAUGUGCACCGAGUGCACCAAGCGGCUGGGAGAAGUCGAGUCGAUGGAGUCGCCGAAGAACUCGAUGGACUCGAACCUGUCCGAGAGGGAGAGCUACUACUCUGAGUGUAUCCAGGAGCUGGAGACGCAGAAGGCGGAGCUGCGGAAGCGCUGGGAGGAGGAGAAGACGUCCAUGCUGAAGCAGGUCGAGGAGACGUGUCAGGAGAGCUGUGAACUGAAGCAGAAGAUGGAGGAGAUUCUCCGGGACGGCGAGUCAGCCAAGGAGUCCCUCUCGAAGAAGGUAGCGCAGCUGAAACUGGAGCUCCGAGAACAGGCCAAGAGCUCGGAGAAGGACCGUAACGAGCUUAUUCAGUCACACACCAUGAAGGCGCAGUCGCUGCAGGAGCAGCAGGUUCUGCUAAAGCGGAGGAUGCGCGCGGCGGAGGACGUCAUCAACGCCUUGAAGGUGGAGUUCGACCUGUGCCAGGUGGACUCCGGUCGGGACUCGCCGGAUCCGUGUUACACGCUGGUGCUGGACCGCGUCCGGCAUCUGCAUCAGAGCCAGAAGGACCUCGCCAGCCAGGUUCACGAGCUCGAGAAGAAGGAGGGGGCCUACCGCGAGACCUUGCAAGAGGCUGACAAGAUCAUGCACAAUGUGGAGAUCCGGUAUCAGAAGAAGAUCGAAGAACUCGAGGAUCAACUGCGGGAGGACAAGAACAAGAUCACCCUGAUGGAGGAGACGGAAGCUAAGCUGAAGCAGGCGCUGAAGAGCGUCAGCAACGGCAAACACGACAAGGACCGGGUCACCGAGCUCCUGGACAAGUUGAUCGAGACCGAGAACGAAGAUCUCAAACUCAAAGAGAAGGUGUACCGCCUGGAGCGUCGUGAGCGCGAGCUGAGCAUCCGUCUGCGGGAGGAGGAGCGCGCCGCCGAGGGUCUGCGUCACGAGCUGCGGGACCAGGAGGAGCUGCUGCGGGAGCUGGAUACGGCGCGGCGCGACCUGUCGGCCGCCACCGAGCAGCUGGCGGUGCUGCCGGCGCUGCGCCAGCGCGCUGCCGAGCUGCAGCAGAGCGAGGAGUUCCUGCGCGGCCGGAUCGAGGAGCUGGAACAGGCCGAGCUGACCCUGCAGGAGACGCUGCGCAACACCAGGAACGCACAGGCGCACAAGGAGCGUCGCUCUGCGGAGCAGGUGUCCUCCCUCCAGCAGGACGUGGAGUCGCUCCAGGCCAGCAUUCAGGAGCUACAGCUGGCCGCUGCUGACAGCGGCGAGGAGCGCUCCAAGCUGCGCCGGGAGCUGCAGGAGGCCCGUCGGCAGCUGCAGGACGUGCACCGCGACCUGGAGACCACCAGCGGCACGGCCAACGAGACAGAGACCCAGUUCAGGAACGAGGUAUGCAAGCUCAGGAACCAGCUGUCUCUGGUCAACAGCCAGCUGAACGAUAACGACUCGUACUCGUGCCAGCUUCGGGACCAACUGGAGAAGACUCAGAGCGAGAACGCGGACCUGCGCGCCGCGCUGGACGGCUGCAAGAGCCGCUCGGAGCAGGACGUGCUGCAGCUGAACCUGGAGAUCAGCAGGAGGGAGGAGGAGAUUAACGCCCUCUCCGAACAGCUGGCCGAGCUGGACAAGACGCAGCUGACCGGCGAGCUCGACCUGCUGGCCGAGCAGGAGAACACGCUCGUCAAACUGCUGGCGCUCGCCAAACAGAGCAACGAGAAAAUCCAGAACUGCGAUCAAUGCACGAGCGAGGUGGACGGUGCGCUCCGCUCGGUUAUUCAGGAGCUGGAGCAGCUCACCCUGCUGCUGAGUGGCAGUCAGGGCGACCAGUCGCUGCAGUCGCAGCUUAGAGACGCCGAGAACCUGGCCUCAGCCGCGGCGGCGCUGUCCUCCGAGCCUUCCCAGCCACCCCGUCCGGAGCUGCUGGACUCGGCCAUCCAGACGGCCGACCUGCCGGAGGGCGCGUGCUGCGCAGAGCUGCGCCGGGAGCUGGUCGCUAAGGAGGAGGAGCUGAGCCUGGUGGACAGCCAAGGCUCCUACCUGCAGGCCGAGCUGGAGCAGCGCGACCGCGAGACGCGCCAGCUGCGCUCGCGGCUCGGCGAGACGGACGCGCUGCUCGAGCACCAGCGGCUGCAGCACGGCCGGCUGAGCGAGCUGCUGGCGCAGACGCAGUUCGCGCGCGACGAGGCGGCUGCGCGCGCUGACGGCAAGGACGCGCUGCUGGGGGCGGUGCUGCGCCACCUGCGCGCCGUGCUGGAGGCGCAUCAAGCGGCGGCGCUAGUGCGAGGACUGAGGGAGUCGGCCGAGCAGGAGUCGGACCGACAGGACCUGGACAGGGAGAUGGUGUGUCAGAUCCUGCAGCAGAUCGUCACGGUGAUGAGGGAGCGUGUUCUGAGGAGCCGCUCCAGCAGAACCUCGUCCCCGGAGCAGGCGGGAGCCGGAUCCAGGAUCCCGCGGCCCGUCCCCAGGAGCAGGGAGAGCACGCCACCCAACUCGCCCAGAAAGGAGCUGCCGCGGACCAAGGCGCCGGUCCCGCGCUGCCUACAGCCCAAGCGCGGAGCACGUCAGGUCCCGCCCGUUGGCGUAGCCAGGCCGUACCGGAGCACGGCCGAGGCGCGGGAGCGGGUCUCACACCCGCACCCACGGUCGAUGGCGCACAAGACUGCACCUCCGCCGGCCCUGCCGCCGCCGGAGAAUUUUCAGAUUAUCCGGGCGGUGGGCGGCGACAGCCUGCUCAUCUACUGGAGUCCGUCCGAUGACCAGCGCAUCUCCGGAUACGAGAUUUUCGUCAACAACCGGCUACAGCAGGUGAUCCGGAACCCGCAGCGGACCAAGGCGCUGCUGCCCUCGCUGCGACUGGCCUCCCAGCUGCAGCUGGCUAUCCGCGCCGUCGGCCCGAUGGACUCGUUCUCUGCUCUCUCGUGGGCCGAGUACCGCCCCGGCCAGCUGACAGGCAGUCGACACCACCGGGGCCCGCCGGCCUCCCACCCAGUCACAACGUGAACCCGAGCGGCGGCGAACAGAGUCGCUGCUUCUCACCAUGGUCACGGGGUCGCCGAUGGACCCGGCGUCAAGAGGACCAAGUUGUUUCUAGCGGGGUGUCAUAAAGCCGAUAAUGUCUUGGAGAAGCUGAAUGGGAUCGUAUUUAAAUGCUACGAACUAUGAGUCAGGCUGGACUUCAUAAGUCGUGUACUGAACCGUGAUCAGAUUCCAUCGCCGAAAGCUUCUCGAGCUCUACUCACGACGGCCUCCGUUGGCCCUUCAUCGAUGACAAGACUGCCCUUGAAUGACCGUGACGCGUCACAAUGCGUCACAUUCGUGACGGUUACCACUGCAACAAGAGCUGCGUGAUGUGGCCUUGCCCUCUCCCGUGCCGCGAACUGCUGCGUAUUUAACGUGACCAGCUGUGUUUGGCGGGAUCUCUGGUCGUCCCGAUAGCAGAGCGCCCUAGUAUUACCAGAGGCCGACGUGUUUGCAUGUGUAGCGACCCAUGAUUGACCUGUUGUUGUGUGCUGACUAAUGCCGAUGACCGCCGCGCUGCCACAGAGGGGCACCUUAGUUGGGCUGGUUUCCGCCGCACUGGCGCGCCCAAGCCGGGCCCAGAGGGGCGGCCGGCCACGCGCCAGACACUGUAUUGGACCGUGCAUAAAUAAACAAUACGUACCGCUCGUGGUGUAGCCUGUUAA